GGCAAAAGUUCGGGCUCUUUGGGCUCCAUCGUCCCCAAUCUCUCUCUCUCAUGGGGAGGCUCUUCAUUCCGAGAGCUGCUCCCCUCGCUCUCUCUCACACGAAGCUCUUCACCUUCCGCACGACCACUGCUGCCGCCAGAGCCACCACCACCACCUAUGCCUCCUCCAAGGGCUCUCCCAGGAGGAGCGUCUCCCGCCCCCUCCCAGACUCACUCGUACGACGGACUCGCUCCACCAGAGAGUUCAAUGAGGAGGAGAUCGAGCACUUCCUUUCCAACGGUACCCACGUCCCUGUCCUCCUCGGCGAGGUCCUCGACGUCUUCGACCGCCGUGGCCGGCCUCUCCGCUCGUUUGUGGAUUGCACAAUGGGUGCCGCGGGACACUCCUCUUCUAUAAUUCGAGCUCAUCCUGAGUUGGAGAUUUUUAUUGGAUUGGAUAUUGAUCCUGUGGCAUAUAAAAUGGCUAAUGUGCAGCUUGAUUUGAUUCUUAACAAUGUGGAAGCAGAAAGAAAAGACCGGGCACUACAAAGAUAUACAUAUCUCAGGAAUUUCAGAGAUAUAAGAUCGAUUGUUAGGCAAGUUGAUGCAAAUAUUUCUUCCGAUGGAGUUGAUGGCAUUUUAAUGGACUUAGGGAUGUCUUCUAUGCAGGUAAACAAUGCUGAAAGAGGAUUCAGUGUGCUCAAUGAUGGCCCACUUGACAUGCGUAUGAACCCUUUGGCAAGUCUAAAAGCAGAAGAUAUCCUAAAUUCUUGGCCGGAGGCUGAAGUUGGUCGAAUUUUGCGUGAAUAUGGGGAGGAGAGCAAUUGGCGUAAAAUUCAAACUAAGAUUAUGAAAGCUCGCACAGGUGGAGGAUUGCAUUCCACAAAUGAGUUGCUAAAUCUAGUGCGAAGUGCUUGUGGAGGGCCAGCAGGGAGACAGGGAUGGAUGAAGACUGCAACACGUGUUUUCCAAGCACUGAGGAUAGCAGUAAAUGAUGAGCUUAACUCAUUACGUGAUGCUCUAUUUGCUGCAUUUGACUGUCUUGCUCAUGGUGGUCGGCUGGCUGUUAUUUCCUUUCAUAGUUUGGAGGAUAGAAUUGUGAAGCAGACGUUUCUUGAUAUUAUAAACAGGGAAGAAGGCGGUUCACCUGUCAAGAAGAAGAAUGAUUGUGAAGAAGAGUGGUGUAAGCAGAAGAUAGAUGGAAAAUUCGGGACCAUUCUCACAAAGCGGCCCAUAACACCAUCUACAGAUGAGGAAAAGCUCAAUAGAAGGUGCAGAGGUGCCAAACUUAGAGUUUUGCAGAAAGUACCACAAGAAUAGAAGGAGAACGGUUGUGCAUUUGAUUGCUAAUUCGUGGUUGUUUAUCUGUUUUCUUGGUGGAUGUUGAAUUGCCUGCUUUGAGCAAUUUCCCCCCCUCUAAUCGUUUACAUGUCUAUGAGCUUGUACACGAAGCUGCUCAUUGGUCUUAGGGAUAGGGUUGCCUAGAUCUAACCUCCAAACACUCAAAAGACUUGAACGAACUUUUGGAUUAUAUUCUGACGAUUUGUUUAAAAUUCUCAUUUUUGAAUAUUCUUUCUGUGUUCAA